ACCACCGUUUUGUUAGAAGGCGUAUCUACAACCUGGAAGUUGCGCGUUGCAGACUAACGUAUUCUUGUUAAACACCAUUGGAAAUAAUGUUUUAACGGCUUUUUUAGAGUUCGAAGAGAGCAGGAGCAGUUAUUUCCAACUGUAAAUUCUAAACGCGCAGAUUCUCUCGUUUACUCUUUCCUCGGCUUGCCCCCUGGUGCCAUAUCUGACUGGGUGGUGAAUUUCCAGUUGAUGUGAGCGAUGCCUGUGCGGUCUACUGGUGACUGUCCCGAUCUGGAGUGUGUUGGAGAGAUUACAAAGGAAGAGCUCAUCCACAAGUCACAUGGCCAGUGUCAAGACUGUCAUGUUGGAGGACCAAACCUCUGGGCCUGCCUUGAGAACGGCUGUGCCUACGUGGGCUGUGGAGAGUCACAUACUGAUCACAGCACUGCUCACUCACAGGUGACGCGUCACAACCUGACGGUGAAUCUGACCACGCUGAGGGUGUGGUGUUAUGCCUGUGGGAAGGAGGUGUUUCUGGAGCGUAAACUCGGCUCACCCGGUCCCAAGAAUGCUCUGUGCCCGCCGACCACCAACUCACAGGAGUCUAGCAGGCCCCCAGGCAGCCCUGCCUCCCUGAGACUGCCACCUGCUGGCUCUGAGGACCUGGGCAUGGAAACAGAGGAGGAGGAUGAGCUACGAGCCAGAGGUUUGACGGGACUGAAGAACAUAGGAAACACAUGCUACAUGAAUGCAGCUCUCCAGGCCCUCUCUAACUGUCCUCCUCUGACCCAGUUCUUUAUGGAGUGUGGCGGUCUGGUGAGGACGGACAAGAAGCCUGCCCUGUGUAAAAGUUACCAAAAACUGGUGUGUGACCUCUGGCACAAGAACAGGCCGUCCUAUGUGGUUCCUACCAACCUGUUCCAGGGCAUCAAGGCUGUUAACCCCAUGUUCAGAGGAUACUCUCAACAGGACUCUCAGGAGUUCCUGCGCUGUCUGAUGGACCAACUCCACGAGGAGCUGAAGGAGCUGCAGGCCGAACCGCCCGACAACGACCAGCACUCCCAUGCCAUCGCCAUGGACGACUGCCCUGACGACGACAGCCCUGCCCAGUCAGACAACGACUUUCAGUCCUGCGAGUCGUGCGGUAGCAGCGGGGACGGGUGCGGGGACGGGGGUGGUGGCGGGCGGGCGGCGCCGCCCGGGGAGGAGUCUAAUGAGGCGGAGAUGCUGAUCCCUGACGGGGCCGACUCCGGCCAGGCCAAUCGGGAUUGGCAGAAGAAUCUGAUCAAUGACCUGUACCGGGGCUCGGGGGGUGAUCUGGAUAAAGACAUGGACACUGCGGCAACCGUCGGCAGCCAGGGGGCGGUGAAGGUGCAGAUCCAGGGGCGAGCGGCUGACUCGUCCCCCGAGGUGCUGGCUGUCUCCAGCAGUCGGUCCCAGAGUCCGGUCCCCAUGGAGGGACACUGCCUCACCAAGAUGUCCUCUAGUCCCCCCAAGAACAGCUCUGUCUGGCCAGGAAUCUCCUCCAACCAUAAGAAAAUGACGACAUUCUCCCCACCAAAGAGCAAGAGUCAGAAGAAAUACCGCAGUGUGAUUUCAGACGUGUUUGAUGGGACCAUCAUCAGCUCUGUGCAGUGUCUGACCUGUGAUAGGGUAUCAGUAACUCUGGAGAACUUCCAGGACCUGUCUCUGCCCAUCCCCGGUAAGGAGGACCUGGCCAAGCUCCACUCGUCGUCUCACCAGACGUCCCUGGUGAAGGCUGGCUCCUGUGGUGAGGCCUAUGCGGCCCAGGGAUGGGUGGCCUUCGUCAUGGAGUACAUCAAGAGCUGGUUCUGGGGUCCAGUAGUAACUCUCCAGGACUGCCUGGCUGCGUUCUUCGCGCGGGACGAGCUCAAGGGGGACAACAUGUACAGCUGUGAGAAAUGCAGGAAAUUACGUAACGGAGUGAAAUUCUGCAAAGUCCAGAGUGUUCCGGAGAUCCUGUGCAUCCAUCUGAAGCGGUUCCGACAUGAGCUGAUGUUCUCCACAAAGAUCGGGACUCACGUCUCCUUCCCAUUGGAGGGCUUGGACCUGCAGCCCUUCCUGGCCAAGGAUAGCUCCGCCCACACCACCACAUAUGACCUGCUCUCUGUCAUCUGUCACCAUGGCACUGCCAGCAGUGGUCACUACAUAGCCUACUGUAGGAACGACCUGAACAACCUUUGGUAUGAGUUUGAUGACCAGAGCGUGAUGGAGGUGUCCGAGUCCUGUGUCCAGAAUGCUGAGGCCUAUGUUCUCUUCUACAAGAAGAGUAACGAGGAGGCGUUGAAGGAGCGGAGGAGGGUGAGCGGUCUGUUGAACAUGAUGGAGCCCAGUCUGCUCCAGUUCUACGUGUCACGACAGUGGCUCAAUAAGUUCAAGACCUUCGCUGAGCCGGGGCCCAUAUCCAACAAUGACUUCCUCUGCUCCCAUGGAGGGGUCCCUCCUGCCAAGGCAACCUUCAUAGAUGACCUGGUAGUGAUGUUUCCUCAGAACGUCUGGGACCACCUCUACAGCAGGUAUGGAGGCGGGCCUGCUGUCAACCACCUGUAUGUAUGUCACACCUGCCAGACGGAAAUUGAGAAGCUGGAGAAGAGACGGAAGACUGAGCUGGACAUGUUUGUCAGGCUGAACAAGGCGUUCCAGGAGGAGGAGUCUCCGCUGGUCAUUUACUGCAUCAGCAUGCAGUGGUUUAGAGAGUGGGAGGCCUUCGUCAAGGGGAAGGACAAUGAUCCACCGGGAACAAUUGAUAACUCCAAGAUCGCAGUCAACAAAAACGGCCAUCUAACACUCAAACAAGGAGCCGACUCUGGGCAAAUCUCAGAGGAGACGUGGAACUUCCUCCACUCCAUCCAUGGAGGAGGUCCGCUUGUAACUGUUCGCCCAAACAUUUCUCAUGCUGAACCUGAGGCCUCCUCACAGUCCGAAGAGAAGAUUGAGGUGGAAACGCGGUCGCUUUAAAACUAUUCCUUUAUCAGGACCCCCAUAAGGAAAACUACUGAAGUCUUUCAUUUUGCACUUGACUUUUUAAUUUAAAAGCAUUCAGGCAAGGUUUUCUGUUCCUUAAAGACCAUACAUGACCAACCUUGACAAGUGGGCAGAAGGAAUGUUUGGAAAUGACACCACUUGUAUACAGCAGUAUAAAUAUCUAAUGAUAUUCUAUUAGCACUGUAGAAUGAUACAUGGAAACUGUACUUUAGUUUCCAGAACCAAGAAUCUAUUAAUUUAGUGUGCAGCUAAACUUGUUUGUUUUAGUUUUGUCUUGACCAAAAUUGAGCUGAAAUCCCUCCAUGACAUUGCGUGGGACAGAGAACUGAUGAAUCACAACAUGUCUCUCUGAAGGCCUUCGGAGAGUUCUCGAACACGUCCUAAGAAGAAGAAGAAAAAAUACUGUCCAAGAAGUGAAUGUUUAGAAAAAGUGCAAGCUCUUAGCAUUUUCUUUAGAUGAAGAAAAGUCUUAGAUUAUCAACAAGGGAUACUAUGUAACUAACUAGACCACAGGAACUAGUCUCAUGAACGACUUGUAUGUUUUGCACUGUAUGAACUGUAUUCCAUUGAGAUAAUGGGCAUGUUCAGCCAAGGUCUGCUCCGUGUCUGAAUGUACUGGUCAGUUCAGGGCUCUUCAUUACGGUCCAGGUGGAAGCAAAUGAAAUAGGGAUCAACCUGUCUACUGUCCAAUAGAAAGUCUUUGUUCCCUUAUGAACAAUUCUGUGUGCUAAACAUUUUGCCGCAGUCUGGGACUAAUGAAUACAGCCCUUGUUAGAAGAACCAAUGUGAGUCUGGAAUCCAAGCACUUCCUGGUUAUUUAUCUUCCUUUGGCCGGAGCAGGGGACUGAUUAACUAUGCAUUCCAAAUAGCAUCCUAUUCCCUAUAAAGUGACUACUUUAGCCAGGACUCUAGUGAAUAGGGUGCCAUUUGGAAUGUAAGCUUAUAAUGUUAAUAUACUUUUUGUAUAAAAUAAGAGGUGGCCAGGCUCAGUCUGUUAUUGCAUGCUUUAGAUGAAUCCCCUCCCACUCUGAUACAAGCCAUGGGUUGGAUCGGUCCCAUUUCAGUUCACACUUAACUGAUAUUCCAAAUCCAAUUUUCCUCAAUGAUUCUCUGUGAGAAAAAUGUGGAAUCCAAUUGGAAUGGAACAGACCCGAACCCUUACAUGCUCUGACGAAAACUAUACUGGCCACUGAUCUCACCAUUAAGUUGCAUGUAAAACUGCAAAAGCUGCUCACUUAAUGCAUAAUAUUUAGACAGAAUUUGCAAUUCAUUGUGUAUCUUUGAAAUGUAUAUGUACAGAAUUGCAUAGUGAGCUGUCAAAUAAUCGUGAUCAGUUUUGCCAAUGAAAGAAGGCAUUCACUUGUAUGACUGGGUAUGUUGCCUAUGAUAUGUGGCCACUGAAGGCCAAACAAGCAAUGUAAAAGAAUGCUGUUGGUAUGUGUACUUUAUCAUGAGGUGAUGCAUAUGGUGAAUACAACCUGAUUACUAAACAAA